AUGGCACAUUCAACCCACGUAGCACCCUAUGAUGACCCAUUAUGGAGCUCACGAGGGUACUCGCCUUAUCACAACGAAAGUCAUUUCCGCUUGAGAAAGGAAGUCAGAGACUAUGUCGAGCAGGAAAUCAUUCCAUAUGCGGCCGAAUGGGAAAAGGCCGGCGAUAUUCCUCCUGAGCACUUCAGGAAAUUCGCAUCUCGAGGAUACAUGGCCGCGUCCAUCUACCCUUUGGCGACCGAACACCUUGGGUCUUUGCGCCUUCCAGGAGACAUUCGGCCCAGUCAGUGGGAUGCAUUCCACGACAUGGUGUUCAUGGACGAGAUUGCGCGUUGUGGCUAUCUCGGCGUCAUCUGGGGCCUGGCCUGCGGAAACAUCAUUGGCUUCCCGCCCGUCAUCAACUAUGGAACUCCGGCACAGAAGAGGAAAUUCGUCCCUGAUGUCUUGCAGGGGAAGACGCGCUUCUGUCUGGGAGUCACCGAACCUGAUGCUGGAUCUGAUGUGGCCGGCAUCACCACCACCGCUGUGCGUGAGGGAAACAUCUACCGAGUCAACGGCAGCAAGAAGUGGAUCACGAACGGCAUUUAUGCAGACUAUUGCACAGCCGCGGUGCGAACAGGUGGUCCUCGCGGCAAAGGCCUCUCUGUGCUCGUUGUCCCACUUAAGGCAAAGGGGGUAACGCUCAAGCGGAUGGACAAUUCAGGAGUCCAUGCCAGCGGUUCGACGUUUAUCGAGCUGGACGAUGUCGAAGUGCCUGUCGAAAACCUCAUCGGCAGAGAAGGCCAAGGGUUUGAAAUCAUCACCUCCAAUUUCAACCAUGAAAGAAUUUGGCUGGCCUGCACUGCGCUACGACUUGCCCGCGUCAGUAUCCGAGAUGCCUACUUGCACGCAACCACGCGGGAGACUUUCGGCAAGAAGCUCAUCGACAACCAAGUGAUUCGACAGAAGCUGGCGGCGUCAGGGCGGAAGAUCGAGUCGGCCCAGGCUCUUCUUGAACAGUUAGUCUACAUCAUCGACGCCGCCAAAAGACAAGGUGGUCAGGUGCCUCCUGGAGUAGGAGGUCUUGUCGCCAACGCCAAAGUCCUUGCGGGUAACGCCCUCGAAGAAGUCAGCAGAGAGUGCCAGCAGAUCAUGGGUGGCCAAGGAUACAACAAGAACGGCAGGGGUGCCAUAGUUGAACAAAUCAGUCGGGACUUCCGCGUCUUGGUCGUGGGAGGAGGAAGUGAGGAGAUUCUCACUGACUUUGCUCUUAAGGAAGAAGCAAAGCUGUGCAGACGGGGGCCUGGGAGCAAACUAUAG